UGUUCUGGCUCCACCCCAGAGACGAUAAAAACCUGAUCUGCAAUCAAGCCCCGCCCCUCAAUGGAAAAUUACCGUCUACCAGACGUCAGCCAGAUUGCAUGUUUUACAUUCUGAUUAUGGGUUAGGGUUAGGGUUAGGUCCAGCUCCAACAGUUCGUUUGGUUUUCCUUUGCAACUUGAUUGCAAGUAACUUAGUUACUGCAACCCUAUAGGUCUAUAAUGUCAAUCUUAUUCUCUCCUUUGUUCUCUGCAGGCUUAAUUGGUUUAAAAAGGAAUAAAAAUUAUUCUGCUAGACUAAGUCGUGGGUGGAUGGCUUUGGAUGGGUUUCUUUAGACCCUGGAGCAUUUCUCAUUAUUUUGAACCAAACUAAUGGCUACAGGGAUAGAGUAUCAAAGAGAGGCUCCAGUUAUUGUUGUCAUGAGUUUCAUAUUGCUGUCCAGAUAACACAGGUAGAAAGGUCUUUAAUUGUCUAGUUCUGUAAUAACUGUAGCGUGAUUCAGCUGAUCCGUCACCAUAAGGUGAGUGUUUGGUUAAUCAGUCACCUGCUUGGCUACGGAGCCAGAAAGGAAAGCAGACUCCACCCAUCCAGUUGACUUGAAGGAAUAGAAGGAAAUCCAUUGACUGAAUUGCACAAAAACUAUUACUGGAUUAAUGUAAAAUAAUUCUCAGAUAAUCAAUGCACACCUUGAUAACCCUAAAUAACAACUAAACUACGAUACCAGUUGUCCGUCGAUUCAGAUUUACACACUGUUUGUCCCCGGCACGUAAAAGCUAACCACAACAUGCAAAUAUUUUAGGUUUGUUUUGCUGUCUCUUCGCUGGCAUUGACGGUGUUGUAUCUGAAUAGAGAACUUGUUGGUCUGGUUCGUCUGCCCUACCCUUAGUCACAUGAUGCAGCUGUUUUAUGAGGUGAGAGUCUGGGAGAUGAGCCUUGUAUAACUACCAGUGUUAACUCAAUAUUAAAUCACAAACCAUAAGAGCACAUUUAACCUCGGCACGCAGGGAGAGGAUUGUUCUAAUGAAAACCAAAGAGAAAAAUACCAGACUCUGGAAAGGUAAAUUCAAGUAAAUUGUUAUAGUAUUACUCUUAUUCACAGUUACAGUGAGAAAUCACAAUUAAAUCACAAUGUCUCUGAUUUUGCACCGGCUCUCAGCCUGUGUUAUCUCUUCAAAAGAUUGAACGUAUUUGAACAUAUUUGAACAAGCAUCAGGGCAUUGGAAGUAGCCUACACAGUAAGUCACACUGUGAAAAUGUAAACGUCAGUGAACUGUUUACCCCUGGAGGCGGGGCCAAGUGUUAGGGGAUGAGCCAGGACUUAGGGGAAGAGAGGAGAGGACGUAUUGUUCAGGAAACGAAACUUAAGGUUCAUAGAAACCAAGCCAACGACGUGCAGGCAGUUGGCAAACGCAUUUUGGAACCAAUAGUCUAACAGACAGAAACAACAACAAGGAUGGCCUCUGUUAAACGUUCCUGGUCUGAAGAGAACUUUUCAUGUUCAAUCUGUCUGGGUGUGUUCAGCAGCCCAGUUUCCACACCAUGUGGACACAACUUCUGCAGAACCUGUAUUAAUACGUUCUGGGAUGGACAAGUUCUGUACAAAUGUCCAGUUUGCAACAAGAUUUUCCACCCUAGACCUGAUCUACAGGUCAAUAUCCUCUUAUCAGGGAUAGCUGCUCAGUUUCCAAAGCCAGUUCGAAGCAAAAAGCAGCGAUGUGUUGAACCAGGAGAAGUUCCCUGUGACGUUUGUACUGGGACCCAGCUGAAGGCCGUGAAGUCCUGCCUUGUGUGUUUCACCUCUUACUGCCAAACCCACCUUGAGCCACAUCAGAGAGUUGCAUCCCUGAAGAGACAUCGGCUGGUCGAGCCAAUGGACCGUCUGGAAGACAGGAUGUGUCAGAAACACAAUCAAAUACUGGAGUUCUUCUGCAAGACUGAACAGGUGUGUGUGUGUCAGUUCUGCACAGAGGGUGACCACAGGUCCCAUCCUGUUGUACCUCUAAAGGAGGUAUAUGAAGUGAAGAUGGCCCAGCUGGGGAAGAUAGAGGCUGAAGUUCCACAGAUGAUCCAGGAGAGAAAACUAAAGAUUAAGGAGAUAAACGACACCGUAGAAUUGAGCAAGAAAGAUGCAAAGAAAGAGAUAGACGAUGGUGUGCAGGUCCUCACUGCUUUGAUGCGUCGCGUUAAAAAGUGCAGAGAUGAUUUCAACCAAACAGUUAAAGAGAAACUGAAAACCACAGAGAAACAAGCUGAAGACCUCAUCAAAGAGCUGGAGCAGGAAAUAGAAGAUCUGACCAAUAGAAGAUUAGAGGUGAAGCAGCUCUCAGACACUAAAGACCCCCUCCACUUCCUCCAGGCCUUCAGAUCCCUGAAGGAUCCUCCACACACCAGGGACUGGACGACGGUGGAGAUCCGUCCUCCGUCAUACGUAGGGACCUUGAGGAGAUCCCUGGAUCAGCUGGAGGAGACUCUGAACAUGGAGAUGAAGAAGCUGCAUGAUGCUGAACUGAAGAGGGUCCAGCGAAUGAAGUAGAUGUGACUCUGGAUCCUGAUACAGCUCAUCCCAAGCUCAUCCUGUCUGAGGAUAGGAAACAAGUACAUGAUGGAGGUGUAGUGAAGAAACUCCCAGACAACCCUAAGAGAUUUACACAGCAUAUAUAUCUUC